CCCCACCCCGUCCCCCAUGUAUUUACCCUCGUUCGCUUCCUCGGACUUGCGCGAUUCUUGUCACGGAGGACUCUCCUGACGUAUCUUCGCUUUUUUCCUCUUCCUUGUCUAAUAUUCACAUCUAUACUCGGAAUCGGCUAGUGGGGACUAUCUCAAUCGGAGUGAGCAUGGACAAUGUCGGCCACAUGGACCUACCACAAGCAACACGAUCGCAGUAUCCUCCUUGAAACACCACCACGAUUUCUUGUCGCCUUUUUUGUUAUCACUCUAGCUCUGCAAUGGGUAGGUAGAUACUCAUUGGCCAAGUAUAUCCGAUCUAGAUAUCUCGGCAGUAUGUAUGCAUGCCACUUGGGACUCAUCAAUGUAUCUCACCUAUGGUAUACUUUGUUCACUCCCCAAGCACUAUCUCAUCUCUUCGGUCCUUUCUAUGCGCGAUCCUAUCAUUUCUUGUUAUGCAAGCUAUGUAUUGUCCUUGACAUCCCACCGUAGUACCUAGUUUUGGCAUCUAUCACUACUUCUAUAGCUACCAG